GUUUCAACGCCAGCGGUUCUCCACUUGAAUCCCCUGGUUUGUUGCAUUUAUGCUUUAAAUGCUUUGGUUUUUCUUAUUUUAAUUGGUACCAUUUGUCUUUCUUGGUUACAUGGUUGAUUGGGUGAUGGCUGAUAUAAGAAACAAAACUUGGUUGGCUGGUGGAUUUGCACGUGGUACAGAGGCUUUCCCAAGCUUUGGGCGUGUGAGAGUGAAGCACAGAAAGAUCCUUCUUACACUUAAGGGCACUGUAAUUUGUUCUGGAGCAGUGAAGAUGUAUGAAGGGGAGAGGACAUACAUUUGCAAGAAAUGCAAGCACAUGUAGGUUUCUCAUAUGUUUCCUUUACCAAGCACAUAGAUGUAUAUGAGUGUGUGUCCAAACAUGAACAUUUUCCCUCUAUAGUAAACCAGUACCCUGAAGUAAAUAUUGUCACUACGCAUGGCCCAAUUGAAUAUCCUGCUGGCUUAAGUUGUUCAUUGUACAACUGUGGUUAGAAAUAGGGCACGUGUAGUUUCUCCUUGUCUAUUGUGCCAAAAGGAACAUCACAUAUUGGACUGUUAAUGAAUGCAACUAUUUUUG